GCCUAUAUCCCGGGGUCAAUAUCGAGUUGCAAAUAUGUGGUCUUGGACGACAGGGGCCAUCAUUGUCAUCGCAAAUUUAGCUAUAUUAACGGAAUCAAGGCUUGCUACAAUAGAUUCCGGACGUAUCAACGGCUCAAGUAUAAAACUAGACGAUGGGACGGUGAUAGAUACGUGGUUCAAUAUACCAUUUGCAAAACCGCCACUCGGCAACCUUCGAUGGCGAUUGCCACAACAACCAGAUAAUUGGACAGAUGUACGAGAUGCGACAAAGUUUGGGAACUGCUGCCCUCAGCUAAGUCUUCUUAUCGACAUAACAAAUCCAGACUUUCACAACUUUGAAGAGGACUGUCUCAAUCUUAACGUAUUCUCACCUGCGUCGGAUGGCCUUUAUCCUGUUAUGGUGUGGCUCCACGGUGGUGCCUAUACUGCCAGUGGCAAUGUUCAAUACAAUGGGCACUUUCUGGCCAGGAAGGGAGUCGUUGUCGUGUCAAUCAACUACAGAGUUGGCAUCCUAGGAUUCUUGACAACAGAGGACAGUGCGGCAACUGGAAAUUAUGGGAUGCACGACCAGGUUAUGGCAUUGCAAUGGGUUCAGAAAAACAUACGGAAAAUGAAAGGUGACCCAAAUAGAGUAACAAUAUUUGGUCAAAGUGCCGGAGCAAGUAGUUCAGGCUUGAUGAUUCUCUCCAAGAAAGCCCGUGGUCUCUUCCAUCAAGCCAUCUGUCAAAGUGGGUCGGAUAUGGCGCCAUGGGCUAUCAACUACCCAGAGAUGGGGCCGGCUUAUUACACCAAAGAGCUGGUGAAACGUAUCAAUGAAAAUCGUGGUGAAGAUGAUCCUAUCAUACCCACAAAUAACAACACAGAGAUGGUCGAAGCACUGAGGAAGGUGGAUAUAUGGGACAUGAUGCUCGUAGAUGAUGUUCCAAGAAAGAAAGGUUGGAUCAGUCUUGGUUUUGUCCCUGUUGUUGAUGGUCUUUAUGGCAUUCCCGAAAAGGAUGCAUUUCUGCACGACACACCUCCAAACCUGCGAGAGAAAAAUGAGUUCGCGAAAGUCAACAUUAUGUCAGGAUUAACAACUGAAGAUGGUUCUCUAUACGUACCCGCUGUAAUUCCUGAUAUAUGGGAUUUUCCUGAUGGAUACAGCAGAACUGAGUUUCUGGAACGAUUAAAAAACAUGUCUUAUGAAUUCUCUGAUCCGAGCAUCUCGGAAGUUAUAUAUCAAGCCAUGUCCUUUGAGUACUCUACGUAUCCCCACGUGGACGAUGCAAAAGGCAACAGAGAUAGACUUGUUGAGCUGUUUACCGAUGUUGGAUUUACCCAUGGAAUUGACCUUCAAUUGUUGAACCACAACCAAUUCAACAGUACAUAUGAAUAUGUUAUUGGUAUGGUCACCUCAAAUGUUACUGGAGCGGAAGGGAUAGACGAUCUUCAUUGGAUUGGUAAUCCCCAUAGUGGCGAUCUACCGUAUGUAUGGGGAUGGCCGAUGUUACAGGAUAACCAAGCUGUCAUGGAUCAAACGGGUCAAUCGUCUCUUCUAGCAGGGGUUGUAGGAUGGAACGAGCAAGACAAAAAUGUGUCUGAUUUCGUCAUGACUCUCUGGACAAACUUUGCCAAGCAUGGCAAUCCUACCCCAACACCUGUAAAUAAUGUGACUUGGAAACAGUUCACUCCUGCGGAGAGGAACUUCUUGUAUAUAGAUCGUCCCGGGGAACAUGAACCAAGGAAGGAUUAUCGGGUCCAUCAACUUGCUUUUUGGCAAAGAUUUGUCCCUUGGAUUCUUAACCAAACUAGCGAUGCCACGACUCCUGCAUCACCGCCCACCCCAACUACCACAACAGUGAAAAGUAGCAGUGAAUCAUUGGGACUACGGAACAACGAGCUGCGAUUUUGCUGGAUGCUACUCAGCCUUGUAUUGUUAGUGUUUGUGUAACCAGCACAACAUGGAGCUGGAGAAAAUUAGGAACCAAUUAUAUUUUUUAUUUUUAAUAUCAAUAUCCAUGCAUUAAAGUCAAAGAUUAGUAUACACAACUGCUCGAUAAAAAUAUUUUACAACAUUAUAUAUACGAAUUGAUUAUAUAAAGCUAAACUCAACGCAAAACCAAAACUAGUCAUUUCUUGUUGGUAUAGCGCUUAUGGAUAUUUUGCAUUCAUCUAGUUUCUGUAGACAUAAAAGUUAUUGGAUCACUUAUGUGUAUGUCGUAUUUCGUCCGACCAGUUCAAGGCGACAAUUAUAAAUUGUCACAUUUUCAUUCUGUGUCCCCAAAACAUCUAAUCAAAUGGGGUCGACCUGAACGAAUCUACCACAAUAGUUACAUAAUGGCUAAUACGAUAUACACUAAUGUUUGUUUUCGUGUUUCUUUAUGUCACUCUUUCAAACUUAUCCUAAUUUCAAAUACGUUAUACUCGAUGACGAUAUCUUGAAUCCAAGAUAGGUUGGAAUCAACCAGUCACCAUUGGCUCACAUCAUGGUCGGAUACUUUAAUUCCUCACCCACACCAUUGUUCUAUUGAUGUUUAUUUUAUGAGCUCCUUCUUGAUAUCAUUGUCCAAAACGCUAUAUUGUGCGCGUUGGCCUAUUAGUUGACCAGGAUAUAUCCUGAGGGACUUCACAUAUUAUGGACUGCGAGUGAAGCAAUCAACAGAAAUAUUGAGAAACCAACAGUCACUGACCCCGACUGACCUGGAAAGUCGAAAUAUUCAAUUUUACAUUUCAGUGACAUUUUUUCACUCAAUCGUAAACGAUUCUUGUAUUGUAAUGUACAUGUCGUAUAGUGUACUUUUGGUGUUUCCAAAUUACCUUACAUGACAAGCUAAAAUUAACCAUGCAUACAUAUUUCUAUCUUUAACAUUUUCACAAAUAAUCAUUUU